AUGGACGAGUUUGGUGUUCUUACGGAGCGUUAUGGGAUAAAGCCCCAAGGUAAAUCUGCUCCAAUGGCUGCAUCGAAGCGUUCUGGCAACCCUAACAAUGGUCAGAGCUGGAAUUUCGGCGGUGUAAAUACGAAAUCGACGUCGAGCAGCUCUCGGAACACGAAAUCUGCUAAUGGGUCUUUGUACGACGGUGACGACAUUUUAUUUUCCUCGAGCUCUACUGAUAGGAAUGGAGCGAGUUCGGGAGGUUUUAAUGAUUUUGAUGUUUUUGGUGGCUUGAACAAGCCGUCUUCCCGUAAUAGCAAGUCGUCUUUAAACGACGAUCUAAUUUUCUCCAGUUUGGGGAAUUCGGGGAAGAAAACAUCUUCUUUACCACAGGGUUUUGAUGCUGAUGACUUGUUUGGUGUUAUGCCAAAGUCUCAAAGCUCCGCUAGCGUUAGCAAUGAUGAUAUAUUUGGGUCAUUCUCUUCUCCAUUGGCUAAUCAGAAUGCUGCGGUCGAUGAUUUGCUGAGUGACAUGGGUGGAUUUGGUUCGAAAUCAAAGAGCUGGAACCAGAACAGUUCCGUGGAUUUGGGGAAUAAUAAACCUGCUUUUGAUGAAUUGAUACCCGGUUUUGGUGGAAGUUCUCACACGGCUACAAGCAGUACUACCACCACAGCAAACUUUGUUGAUGAUGACCCUUUUGUGGUUCUAGAAUCAACUACGUCUGCUGCACAUUCUUCUCCGGGUCUGUUCGUAGAUCCACUUGAUGAAUUUGCUGAGUUGGUCAGUUCUCAGGGGAAAAAACCACCAAAUACUACACAGGCUUCUACGAAACUCAAGCCUCCGCCUAAACCAACACAAAAAGUGGACAGAGUUAAUAGUUCAAGAGUGUCGUCGAUAGACGAACUUCAAGACUUUGCCAAGGGUGCCAAUGCCAUGCGACGUAGUGCCUCGGCCUCUGACACUGCUAGUAAAUAUAGAGAAACUGAAGAUGCGGAGAACAAGCAAUUUGGUGUAGAUGACCUUGACUCCUUUUUCAGCGGUGGGCCUCGGUCCAGCAGUGUUCCAAAAUCACGAACGACAACUGAAACAACUCGCAAGCAAACAGUCAACGUGCCGAAAAAGACGCCUAAUGGGGUUUCUAGUGCAAAGAAGCCUCCUGCUCCAGUAAAUCUGGUGGAUGACUUUUCCGCACUUUUUGGAGAGGAUCCUAUAUUUAGAGAAUUUGAGGAAAUCCCAGGGGAAAGCGAAGAACGAAGAAAGGCCAGAUGGGAUCGUGAACAGAGAACAAAGAGCCGUGUGGCACAAGCUGUAGCUGAUAUGAAUAACCGUGAUCAUCAAUCUCGGAUUGAACAAGAACAGAGAACUAGGAUUUCUGAGACUGUUGAUGCUGAAAUAAGGCGUUGGGCAACUGGAAAAGAAGGAAACAUGCGUGCACUGUUAUCUUCCUUGCAAAUCGUACUCUGGCCCGGAUGUGGUUGGCAGACCGUUUCUUUAACAGACCUGAUCACUUCUUCAGCAGUCAAGAAAGUCUACAGAAAGGCAACUCUGUAUGUCCAUCCCGAUAAAGUUCAGCAGAAAGGAGCCACCCUUGAACAAAAGUAUAUUGCCGAAAAGGUUUUUGACAUCUUGAAGGAAGCUUGGAACAAGUUCAACAAAGAGGAGCUCUCUUAA